GAAACGGCUUCCUUGACUUCUCAAGUACUCUCCAGCGACAGCUGAGCCACAGAGCACAAUCCCCGUGGAGUCCUGAUUAGGAAUGGCAAAAUGAGCGAAGCAGUGACUUGGAGGAAUGUCGAGAGUGCUUGCCAUCGAAAGCCUGCGAGAUGUUCGGAAGGACAAGUUAUACAAGACUGCCCCCAACGAAUAGUAGAAGGUAUGCUGGAGAGCAGCUACAGUCCGACUAAGGGUACGAUCGGCAUUCCAGAUUUGUCCGCCUGAAAUUGUCUGGAAGGUUGAAGCAUGAUCUUUGGUUCAUGGUUCGCUUGCAGCUUGACUAUUGCAAAAUGUUGGAGCUCAUUCAAGAGUGCAGACAUGUCAGCUACCUCGGUCUAGCCCGGUGAGGGGACAUAUAUGUCUGGUAUCCGGAAUUUCUGAGCUCUUCUGAGGACCGAUCUUGUGCUCAAAUGCUUGCUACUGCCGCAUGUUGCGCUGCUGUCCAAGCACCUCGAUGGAUGCGUCGGAUAUCCUUCUCUUGUCUUAAUGCGAGUUGUUCUCCAUUGCUUGCGAAGUCGCAGCGGGUCUUCGGUCAUCUUAUUGCUCUCCUCCCUGGUCCAAGCAGCCUCGGCACUCUGUGGUAUUCUGUUUCCGAAUCCCUGCCUGGAUGUGUUGCUGUCGUAGGUAUGACUACUGGCAGAAUCAACCAGGUAGCUAUCGUAGCGGGCGCUGGUCCCUCGCUCUGCGAGGGCAACGGCCGAAGGUAGUCAGAGGUCGGGGUAAAAACGUCCAGAUUUGAUGAUCUGUAUGUCUGGUCAGCUUCUGAUGCUACAAAUACCGCGACUGGGAUCUCACUCGAUGAUGCCUGCAGCAUUGACGAGGACGUCGACGUCGUCGUCCUGGACGCCCCUUGGACGCAUCUUGGUCGUCCGUCUCCGCCUUCAAGUUUGAACUGGGUAGAUGGUCAGCACCUAAUGCUACACUGAUCGCUCGAUGCUUGGAGCUCACUCUGCGAUGCCGGCAGCAUUGAUCAGGACAUCGAUGCUGCCACAGUGUUCGGU